AUGGACGAGGGCCAGAGCCUCAGGGUGUGGUUUGGGGCGGGGUCACGUGACAAACACACCACCCCCACCAAACCUCUUGGAAAGAAGGCUGAAGACUAUGAGUCCAGAGUGGCAGGACCGAGGAGAGUGAGAAAGUUGGAGAAGAACGAGAGAAAGAGUAUAUAUUUCCGAGGGUUUGGAGCACACGAAGGAAGAACUCUGGGCGAGGCUUCUGGUGGUGCAGGAGCUGGGUCAUGUGACCAGGGAGCUGAAUCACGUGAGGGUCAUGUGACCGAUGAUGAUGUCAUAGGUGAAGGAGACCGAUCGGGGAGGAAGGUGUGGCUGGCAGUACAGCUGGCCACCAGGACACUCCGCAGUCAGUUCCACAUCUCUCAGACCAUGAAGGUGGUGUACAGUUGGCUGGAGGAAGAGGGAGAGGUCUUACCUGGUCAGGUCCUCAUCACCCCUCACCCUCGUCAGCUCCUUGACGACAGGGGUCGCACCCUGGCGGAUUAUGGCAUUACCAUGGAUACCAAGCUCAUUCUGGAAGAACUAGAUGACUAAUUUCUGAUCAUCACAAUCAAUCAUAAUUAGCUGUUGUUCACAUUAUGGGCUGAAUUUGGGGAGAUAUCCUUGUCUCUGGGAGUCAAAUGCUACAUCAUUUGCGCAACAGAGUGAAUAUAUGCGGAGUGAUAGAAGCUGUUUUUUCUUGGACGUAAAAUAAUAGUCAACCACAUAAGAGAAAUUACAAAUACAAACUUUACUACCACGAAGGGUACAACUGCACACAUAGACAAAGCCAUCCUCAUCAACAGUGACUCCAGCAGGACCAGGGAUGACAUUACUACUGACAUGACCAACACACUCACCACUGGGUUUGAAUACAUACACACCAUAGUCACAAUCACUAGCAAUGAAAUGACCACAUUUGGUAUCAAAACAUAUUCCCCUAAAUUCAGAGAGCUCCAGUGAUGGUGAUAGAUCGAGGUGGCAGAUGAAGACUCCAUUUGGAGCACACCUGUACACACUAAUCUUCCCCUUACCAGCCACAUACAGACCUUCAGGACCUUGAGCUAUGUCUCGAGGCUCAGGACACUCCUUUGUUUGGAUAGUUCCCACAACAUUGCAGUCCAUGUCAAAUAUCUUCACCAACUGGCUGGCACGGUCCAAAACAUAGAGUUGAUUGUCAAUGAUCUUGACAGAGUAUGGCAACUGUAGCUCAUCACCAACUGUUUUCAGGAGUUGACCAUUUGAACUGAAUUUGAAAAGGCACUUGGCACCAAUGUCAGUGACAUAGACAGCUCCAUCUGAAGCAACUGCUACUCCACAAAGAUCUUUGAACUGAUUACACUCAAUGGUCUGAACUUUCUUUCCAUUUCUGGUCAUAACAGUUACCCUUUCACAACCAAUCUCACUCUCAGAAACUAAGCACGGCAAUCCAUCCUGUGGAAUUGAAACCCCAGUCUCGGUAACUAUCAGCUGCUGUUUGUUGUUAACGGCUACUCCCCAUGGCUGCUCCAAGCUCCCUAUGCUACGAACUUGUCCUCGUCCUAGUUGAGAGAGAGGUAAUUUGACGAAGACUCGGAAGGGGCUCCCCGCAAUCUUUUUGUCCUUUACCUUCACUAUGAGAUCAUGUCCACCUCUGACCUGAGGAGUGACUGAGAUGCUGAAGAUCCCUACACCAUUCCCGACCACGUCUCCCUCUAGUGAUGAUGAUGGAUCCGCCACACAUUUCAGACUGGCAGAGACGUCUUCCAGGGAGGCUGUGGGGGCAGCCAGACUCACUUCCACUGGGGAACCCAAGUCAACAGAGUUAAUGUUAAAAUUAAAAACUUCCGGCGGUGAAGACUGGCUAUAGACUACACCAAGACACUCUGGAAUGAUGUGGGGAGAGGGAAGUUCGCAAGCAAUGUCGGCAGUGGCUGAUGGCUCCAGGGACAG